UUUUGUUGGAAUUCUCAGUCAUUUCAUAAUUUUGAUUUAUUGCAUUUUUUAGGUAUUGAUUUAUGGCGUCUGAGUUAGAAGCAUAUGUUGGUCGAAUGGUAAAUGUUAUAACAUCAGAUGGAAGAACUAUUGUGGGUACAUUAAAAGGAUUUGAUAAUGUCGUCAAUCUUGUUAUCAAAGAUAGCCAUGAAAGAGUUUUCAGUCCAACUGAAGGUGUUGAGCAAGUCCCAUUGGGUUUAUUUAUUAUUCGAGGACAGAAUGUGGCUGUAGUCGGAGAACUUGAUGAAGAUUUAGACAGGCGAAUUGAUUUUUCACAACUGCGUGCUGAACCUCUUAAUCCUGUUGUACAUUAAUUGUCUAUAUAUAAAAAAUAGAUUGCUUUUAUUUGUAGUAUAUGGUUAUUAUUUUUUUUUAAAUAGUUCAAUACUUUUCAUAUCGUUUAUUGUUAAGCGAUGGUUAAUUGCGACAUAGUAUAGUGUAUAACUACUCAUUUAUUAAGUACGAACUAUAUAUACUAAAUUUUGAGUCUCAAUACAACAAUAAUCUUAGGAAUAUAACAUAAACUAAUAGCUUCUAGUUGCCUAUUAGUUACGGGAUGCAAAACACUACAUUUGGAUCGUAUGAAUUAAUCGACACUCACAAAGGUUUAGUAUCUUGAAUCCUGCUACUAUUUUUACUACCCCAGUUUCUUUUGAAGAAUGCACAAAAAUAAGAAGUUAUUUCGAUAAAUCAGC